AACUGUUGGUCCUCCUCUUCGUUCAGUUGACGGCAAAGAGAAUUUAGUCCCUAAGGUUUUAUUUUGUUGAAUAUAUACAAGUAUUAUAUAUACAUAAACCAGAAUGUAUUAUUGAUUUUCUAUAAUUGUCCAAUUGUUAUGGUUUGUCUUCACAAGAAAUCGAAUUUUAAGGGUACAUUACUGUUAAUGGAAAUGUUAUUGUUAUUUAAAAUGGCAACUUUUAACUAAAGAGAAGACAUCUAUCUUAUUGGGAAGUGUUGGUUAUGUUAGAAGACUGAAAUGCCUCGAGACAUAUUGAGUGACAGCCUUGCUGUGUUGAGAAUUGUGGAGCAUGAAGAUGAAGAGAAUUGGCCUCUUGAGGACAAACCAUGCAAGAUUAAUCACAAGAAGCAGUCCACUAUCCCUCUCAAUAGUCAACAAAGCUUCACUAAAGAUGACUGUGCUUGCUAUUACAAUUAUGGACAUGGUGAAAAUGGCAGCAACCGUCAACAUGAUUCCAUUUUUCAUUACAAAACAAACAGUCUACCAGCUGCUUGUUCAAUUAAUCAGUCUUGGGAUGAUAUAGUUUGUUCAGCCCUGAGGCUGAGUCCUGAUGAUGUUGGAAAUCAACUGACAUUACUUGACUUACCCUGUUUUAAAGCUAUCAAGCCUGAAGAAUUGACAACAUGUGGCUGGACCAAACUGAACAAAUUGACUGUGGCACCUAAUGUGGUGGCAUUUACGAAGAGAUUCAAUAGGGUCAGCUUUUGGACCGUACAAGAGAUAUUAAAUGGUCAAUCACCAAAAGCGAGGGCGGAAAUAAUGGCGCAUUUUAUUAAAGUCGCAAAAAAAUUACACGAAUUGAACAAUUUGCAUUCUCUGUUCGCUGUGAUCUCUGCUUUGCAUAGUGCCAGCAUAUACAGGUUGACAAAAACAUGGGCCUGCUUAUCGAAAAAGGAUAAGCAGCAGUUUGAUAAACUUGCAGAGUUAUUUGGGGAAACCGAUAACUGGACUGCUCUGAGGGAAUAUUUGAAGUCUAUAUCCUUGCCUUGUAUUCCUUAUCUAGGUAUAUUCUUAACCGACUUAGUGUACAUCGACAUCGCUCAUCCAGCUGGAUCUCCGCAUCGCGUAACAAAAAUGAACAUAGUACUUAAAGCAUUAGAACGUUACCAGUCUUCUGAAUAUGAGAUCGCGCCAUUACCGCACGUGGCAAACUUUUUGAACAGCGUCCGUUAUAUUGAAGAACUCCAGAAGUUUGUGGAGGACGAUCAAUACAAAUUAUCAUUAAAAUUAGAGCCCCCGUCACCGGUUGGUAGUUGUGCUGGUUCUAAAGAAUCCGUCAAGGAAACAGUACUUCAGGGUAACGUGACAACAUUCAACAUAUCACCAUCACACAAACUGGGUUCUGGCUCUCUAAGGUUGCAGGGAACAUCUCAUCAAGGAAAAUUCAUACCAACUCACAGGAAAUGUCGUUCAUUGGGCUCUAAGUUUCGUAGUGCGAGCUUACCGAGAAAUUUUCACAAGGUCAAUUUUGGUGUGGGUAUAUUCGGAAAGAGUCACACUGAAGAUAAAAUGGACGAGAAAACGCCGGCCGGCUCAGUGAAUUUGCUCGAUGAUACGUUGCUAGAGUCGCCGUCUUCGGUCGCUUGUGCCAAGAUGUCGCAAUCCUUGCCACACAGUAAUAUUACGAAACCAGAAGACAUUCAGUGCGACUUUCAAGGGUGCGUGAAAAGGAAAACAAUAUUGAAAGAAGGAAGAAAAAUAUCACUGUCUUCGUGGCAACGUUACUGGCUUCAAAUGUCGGGGAACAUGCUGUUUUUUUAUGGAGCGAAAUCUUUUAAAGGGACGAAUCGAAGCGACUUCCGCAGCGAGAGAUGUAAGGUUUUGACUCUGGUCGGUUGGAUAGCAGUCUGGGCUGACGGUGACGCGGCCGAUGCAUUCCAGCUUAUAAACCAUCAUAGCGGAACAGUGUACAAAUUUAAGGCCGGAUCUGAAUAUGCAGCUAAGCAGUGGAUAGCGAAGAUCGAAGAAGUAACAAACAAAAUAGUGAAACCUCUCCCGGCGAAUCUCAUGUCAUUCGAAUAAUCAUCGCUUCUAAUGUAUGUAUUGACGAUCUAAUUUCGUAACGAUCAAAAUUCCAUGUAUGUCCCUUUCGUUUAUAAGUAUAAUUAUAAUCUAAGCAUUAUUGAGCUUUUGUGAGUUCAUGAAUGUUUUUAGUUGCUUAGCUUGCCCUGUAUUCGUUGUACCCUCGUAAUUUUGUAGGUAUCCAUAUUUGUACUUUAAUAAUAUGAUGGCGUUCCUUUUGUAUUCUUAUUUUUCGAUAAAAAUUUACAAACCUGUCGUUAAAAGCAAUAUAGGUAGCUUAAGAGUCAAGACGCAAUGUUUUGUACGUAAUGUAUUUGUUUUAUUUUCAAAUAUUGGAAUGCCGAUCGUAUUGUAAGAGUAUUCAUAUUGAAUGUAUGUGUUUUGUGUAUCGUAAUUUAAAAUACUAUCGUGUAGUUUUAUGUACGUAUUUUAUACAAAAUACAUUUUAGAUGGAAAUAAACAAACAAUGAAAAAAAACUUGCAGUUACACAAAACGUGUUAGGUUAAGAAUUUAUGAUGUUAAAUCUGAUACACUAACUUGAAACAUUUUAAAUCUUGUUGAUUUGCCGCCAUUGACGUCAGAAUUUUGAAAUUCUGUACUGUGGGAGAGAGAUGCAUGAUUUAUUGAUUUAUGUUGGUUUCCCGCCAAAGAGAUUGCGCAUCGGAUAAACUAAGAAACAUGAGCGUUUUUCAUUUACCGAUACGAGAACGAUAUAUUGUUCCUAAUACAGAUUAGAUAUCACCGUGCUGAAAUAUAUGGAACAUACUAGAGAGAGACUUAAAAUACCUUUUACCUAGGCCUACCUGGCGACAUGCCAUAUUUUAAUGCAAUUAAUGAAUUUAUUGGAACAAAGAAAACAAUAUUUCAAAUUUUAAUUAUUAAAUAGCAGUAGCUCUAGAAGUCUGCGUACUUUUAUCUUCAGAUUAAUAACUAGACUAAGCUAAUCGUGGCCCAGUAAUGUGUAAUAAAAUUUAUCUAAAGUACAAUUUUUAGAUAAUCUCGAGCAUAUAAUUUCUCGAAAGAUAUAAAUCUUUUAUCGCUUAAUAAAAUAUCGUUCAGUAAAAAAAUAAUACAAGGUCAAUAUUGGUGUCGUUGCAGCGUGUCGGUUACGAUAUCGUGUCGAUUAAUUUAAAAGGGCUCUCAGUAUGACAAGCUAUAGGCGAUAGUUGGUAGUGUCGCCGUCUGGCGGCAGGUCUUCUGAUUCCAGUCGCAUCGGAUAUUGCAAUGACGGAACCUAACGUGCACUUGACAUUGAAAUAACAGCCUCCUCCCCCACCCCCCCGCCUCGCGUAUUUGCGUUAGUGAGAGUAAAGUCGACGCAAUAGUCUGCUUUCGAUUUCAAUGGAACUGCAUUUCUGUGUAACUUUUGUUUUGAUUUUCUAUAAAGUUACUUUUGAGAGAGAGAGAGAGAGAAUUUAAACUGAGCUGCUUUUAAAUGAUCUGUUUGAAGAAUGAAUCUAUUUAAAAGAAAUGUUUUAGGUUUUUUUUUUGUAUUUUGACUAUCUUGAAAUGAUUUUGUGUUAGAGGCGUUGACUUCAUUUGGAGCACAUUCUAUUCUCGUUUUAAAUAUUCGAGUAGCCUAGUAAACUUGAGUUCGCCAUAUUGUCAUAAGUUUUUGUUUUUAGAAAUAACUCAAGAUUUUAUUUAAAAAAAAACCGUGCGACCAAGCCUGCUUUUCUCAUUUCAGGGCACAGGCGGGAUUAAAUCGAUCAGUAAUUAUAAUAAACUUAAAAAGAGAUCUGUUCUGUAGUAUGGCCACGAAAAUUAAAAUAAUUAAAAACUUUAUGCGGGUUUUAGUUUAAUUACGUCUGUAAAGUACAAAAAUCAACGUUUCUCUGUUGUACUUACGUGAUUACUUAAUUUGUGGAAAAACUAACAAAGUUUUCUUGAAAAUAUUCUUUUUUUUUAAAUACUCUUUAUUUAAUUAUAAAACUUUUAUUUAAUUGUAAACAAUGCAAUAAUAUUAAUAAUACUCUCAAUUUAUUACGUACGACCGUAAGAUCAGUAAAUCGCAAUAAAAUCUAUCGUAAUGGUUUAGAAUACGUCGAAACUUGCAAUAGUGCGUCUAUGAUAUUAUUUAAAUUGCUGGUAUGAUAAUGAGAAAGCACAUUCGUAUCACAAUUUUGAUUUAAGUAUAUUUUAUCACAAUACGAAUGAUCAUCGUCGAACAAUUUUCAUUAAAAUUUAAAUAUUAAUUAAUAAUUAUUAUUAUCGCUUAGAGUGUAAUUAAUAUUUAAUUGAUGUUUUAUGUGACAUUAAAUCGCUGAAUUAAUUCGUUGCUCAAUUAAGUGACUUUUUUGUCGUUAUGGGGUUAGAUUUUAUUAAUACGUUUAUUCAACUUGCGGUUUUGUAUCUCUUUUCGCCUAAGUCUCUGCAAUGAGAUUUUGAAUAGCCAAUAGUUGGUGACGUGAAAAUUAAAAUCUUACAAAAUGACUAUGAAACAAUCAUUAAAAUAAAAAAGAGUGUUCCAAUGAUUUGCAGCAACGGUUAAAACGAUAUUGUAGAUAAAUAGAUGGGAAAUUAUCCGUAGUUCCAUGAUUUUGACGUUUUGAAAAUUUGCGAGGGACAAAAAGAAAAUAAACAGUUAUCAUUAUUUUGAUUAAAUCGUAAUAACAAAACGCUCGCUAUGUUAAAAAAUAAGUCAUCAUAAUAAUUAGCCCACUGCUGUCCACUGCUGGACAUAGGCCUCGCCUGAUUUACGCCACUGAGUUAAAACUUAGGACGUGUAAAUCGAUUUUAAUCCGUAAUAAAAUUCCCACAAAAAUAUCGCUCAAAUGAUAAACAAUAAAUCAAAUAGACAGAUUUUUUAAAUAUGAAAAGCGUAAGUUAAAGCAGGAAGAUGCAAAUCCGCGUUGAUCAAAAGCAAAUCGAUUUUAAUCCAGUCACUUCAGUUAUAAUAAAGUUUUUGUUUUGCACGAAUUGAUAUGAAACUUACUGAAAUAUGAUUUAUAAUAAAGAGUUUUGAUUUGAUUUUAAUUUCCACGUUAUAAAAAACGUAAAGUUUCACGAAAAAUGUAUUACGAUUGCGUAUUUAUAAUAAUAAUAAGUAUAAUAAAAUAAAGAUGAUGCAUACAAAGCGGACAUAAAAAUGGGGAGGUCGCAACCGUAAUGCAACUGGGACUUCGACCGAGUGUUGAUACGUCUUAGUGACUAUUAUAUAAAAACCAAUAACCACUUAUAAUGAACCCUGAGCUCGUCUAUAAUCGAACGGGAAAACGUCCAAAAAUGGAAAAAAAAACUAUUAGGCUGUUUUUUUCUAUGUAUCAGUAAUACCCACGAUAAUAAUAACUAGUAUAAUGGUAUUGCUCGUUUGGUGCUUUAUUCGGGGCAUUUCGAGAGAGGACUAUAAAAUAUCGUUACAAAACCUAUUCAGAUUGCUCGCGAUGUUAUUUUUUUUUUUCUAAACAAGCUAUAAUUGAGUUUUGGACUUGAGACUUCGUAGCGUUCAACUCGCAAUAGUUGGCCAAACUACAUCAAUCCAAGUUUAGAUUGCUCUGGCGCAUCCGUCGAUGCUGGUCAACUAAGUAUCUAUAACUUUACCUAUCACAAGCCUGUUCUAAGAUUACAAUUAUUUGUCUAAUGCCGCUCAACACCUUGAGAUAUGAGUCAAGCUUUUGAGUCCUUGAAGCUUAGAACCUUUAGUUGCACUGUUAAAUGUAAUGAAUUACAAACAACUUGAUAUUUUCAUUUAUCAAUGGACAUGGUUUUUGGUAUAAAUAAACGUGAAAAUAGUGAUGGUGGCAUUAGCGUUUACCGCAAAUCAUAGGCGUAGAGUGCUGUCUACACGGAGAAUAGGAUAAAAGCAAUAUUCAAAUGAAGACUUUAUGUAGCCUAACAUACAGUGCAGAUUAGAAUUCACCAUAAAAGCUUUGCAGAGCUAACGAACUGCAUAAUUCGUCAAUAAGCUCAGUUAGACACACAGUCAGCCUCACCCUGCAGCGUCGCACUGAAUACACGACAGUGAUUGAUUUAUCCGCAACGGUUAAAGCUUAUUCAAAUAUGUUUGUGAAACGUGUCAAUGUCCGUUCGAUCAUUUCAUAUUCUUUUUACUUGAACAUCGAAAAUAACAUGCUUAAAUUCCGUUGAAUUUUAUUUAUUUUGCUCUUUAAAGAUUUUUUUUCGGCGAUUCUGACUUAAUGCUCAUCAAAAUAUUAUUGUUAUACAAAUACUACAGCUCGUCUCAUUAAUAACAACUUACUAUUAUGAAAAAAGUGGAAAAAUAACAACAUAAUAUCGAGAAAUUUUUUUUGAACAAGCUCUUCAAAUAUUUCUAACAGGCAGGGCAGUGAGUGGAAUCAUCAAAUAUAUUAUUUUUAGCUUAGACCAGACGAGAAUAAAUAGGCUAAUACUUAGCUUAUAAAUAUAAAGGAACUAUUAUUCAUAUUUUAUGCAGCGUGCAAUUUUUAGUGAAGUGUACUUUUAAACCCCGAGUUGUUGUUAACUAUUGAACGAAUUAUUAACGCAUCGUACUUCGUUUGAUGUCACAUAAAACAUCUAUGAAUGUCUCGCAAUAAUUUGAUAUUUAAUAUUUUGUUAUUAGGGCGGUGCUGACAUAACAUUGUUUAUCAUAUCAAUAAAUUUCGGUUAGGUGCUUCAGGUAAUGUUAAGAAUCAAGUAAGUAUAAUGUCACAAUUUGAUCAUAACGCGGCUUAAAUUGAAGCGCUCGUUAAUUUCGAUAAAUAAAUUGAAAAGUCUGAUAUUCCGUGUAUUCUAUUGCGAGUUUUACACGUCCAUAAUAUAUUUUUAGCCAGGUGCUAAUAAUUAGCUAUUAAUAAUAAAAAAACUAAGGCGUUUGCAUUUAGUAAUGUAAGAUGGAAAUUCAAUUAAUCGCGUUAAAGGUCUAAAGUGAAUAUAAAUUCUCUUCUCAUAAUUUAAAAUGUGAUAAAUGUCUAUUAAAUACCAUAUUUUUAUUGAUUUAAAUGAAAUAAGAACGACUGAUCGCUUUUAAAAAUAUUUCUUCAUAAAAUUAUGAUAAACUAUGAUAUAGUUGGCUGAAAUUAAUUGCGACGAUAAUGUGAAUUCCGAAAUACUGUAAUACAACGAGAAUAUUAUGAAUGAUAUCAUAUCAAUAUACAAUUGGAGGACGGUCUAUUUUUAGAGAGUAGCAGCCAUUUUUGUUUCUCGCGUGUUACUACUAUUACGCUAAGAUUUUUAUUUAAAUAAUUUUUUUUUUCUAUUUUCGUUAAUUUAACUUACUGUUCCAUUCGUAAACCUAUAACGGAUAGUUCUGUAAUAUUGAGCAUAUACUAGACUAACUAGUAUCUAGUAACAAAAAGAAUCCUCUUUAAAAUAUAUUUUAUAUUAUAAUUUAUUUUUUACAUACGAAAACUUACAUAUACGCUCAAAAUAAAAUUUGUCAUUUCAUGUAGAUUAAUCGAAUGUCAUUUAUUUAUGAAGCGGUCAACUCUAUUUCCAUAGUUGAUAAAGGCUGAUUAAUUUACCAGGCAGUUAUUACGUACAGACAGGCACCUAUAUGCAUGCUCGUAGUAUGUAUAUAAAAUUGUAAAUUAAUCGAACGUCAAUAUACACAACGAUCUUAGACAUAAUUGUUGAACUUAGUUAACACAUUACAACGCUUCGUACGAUAGUGUCUAAAAUUUACAACUAAACAAUAUUAUAUUAUUACGCAUCACGUUUAUAUUGUCUCAAUAUAGUUAGAGUUCAUUAUUAUGAUGAUAUGUAAAAGUAGGAUCUUUAUUUUGUUAAUACGCAAUUUUAUUUUCGCUCAAGUGGAGUGUUAUUUAUAACGUGUUAUAGGGAGCACAGAGAAAAAAACAAAAAAUUGUUUUACCUCGAAUAUAAUUACUAGAAGUAGUUAGUAGGUGAGAUGCCCCACACAAUACUGGUCUGAAUGAAAAGAGGAAUUAGUUCAGCGUAUUAUUGUUCAAACCGUUCUCGUUAAAAUAGUUCAGCUUUAAUUAAAACUCCGGCACCGCUGCCAUAUCUCUCUUCUAUUCUUCGCUUUAUUAUUCUUUCGUUUUCAUUAUAAAUAAUACUCUGUUUGAGCUUAGUUUGAUAAUAAAAUAUUACCAAAGUUGUAGUUAUAAAAUUUAUGUUUUGUGUUGUACAUUAAUUGUAAUUAAGUAAUAGAGCGGCUAUGAUAAUCGACUGAUAUUAAUCAUUAGUACCUACGUUAUAGUCACAAGCAAUGGCCAUUGAGUCAAUUUAGCUUUAGGAAUGUAUGAUUUUGUGUAAAAUCUCAUGUCGAAAAUGUAUGUCUUACAAAUGGAUAAUUAUGUUCUUGACGUUAGAUAUGACGUAUUCUCUGCACUGUAAUAAUAAAUGCUAUAGAUUGCUUGAAAUUAGGCUUUAGAUGCGGUUCGUUAAAAAAUAUCCGAUAAUCCUAUGAUCUAAUUACAGAUACUGAAGUAUUACUAAGCUUCAUAUUUUGUCAGUGUAUUGUGCACUCUGUGCUAUUGUGUUCAAUAAAAUUCUUAUAAAAUGAAA